UUGUAAUUAAAAAUUUUCCGCAUCAUGCACUUAGAUUUUUUAUAAAAUCCAGAACAUUUUUUCACAGGAUUAAUACCAAUCACUUACAUAGAGAAGGAGCAGAAACAAAAAAGAAACUUGUUUAGUUUUAAAUAAAGAAAGUGUAAUGGACAAGAAAGAAUUCUUGAUCCUAUCUAUUUUGAUUGUCGCGAUAUCUGCAGAAUGGACAGACACAGUUGCUAAAGGCUUUUCCGAAGCUGACGAUAAAAUUACAAAGAUAGCUAAAUCAAUAGGCGCUUUAGGCCGUCAAAUAAUGCUUCAAAAGUUUUACGCCGAACAAAGAACAAGAAGUGACGGCGACAGCGGCUUAAAAGUUGUACGUAUAAGACGACAAGGAAAUAAAAACUAUCACUCAGAGUCACAUAAUGGCUUCUCCAUAGCUUCCAUCCAUGACCACGCUAAUAAUAUUCGCACGGUCGGUAUGGGUGAGAUUGAGGCAGUCUUAAACGGGGUACAAUUCCGAACACGACACAACGAUUACCGUUUGUUCAUGCCCAGUCGUAAUGAAACAACUUAUCAUAAAACAGAAGAGAUCCCGUUUCCUGAUGUACCGCCAUCGGUUCAAAAGCAAGUCGACUUAAACGCAGCCACUGCAGAAAUGAGAGAAUAUUUUCGAGCAUGGAGAGAUCAAAAUACAACUCAUCGAAAUUAUGAACCGUAUUUUAAAUCAGUUUUGUGUUAUUUGGAAGGUGGAUGGACACAGUCUUCUUCUGGUGGAAGUAUUGACGAACCUUUCAAAAGUGAUCGCCACUUUGUCGACGCUAAAUCCUGGCAGGAGCUUCAACAGAAAAAUAUGUUUACAGAUUACACUGGAUCUAAAAGUCGAUUGGAAAACCUGGCCCUGUUGCCGACCACCAUUAUGGGUUUCUACAACGAUACCAUACCAAUAUUCGCGCAGUUUAAUUAUCGUAUUGCAUGUCAUCCAACAAAGAAACUGCUUCCCACAGACAGAAUGAGACCUGUUGAUGAUUUAGCAUCACGUUUUAUGACCAACAGUAACGUUUGGAGAUAUGUUAACUCGCGCCAAGCGAGAUUUCAAGUUAACAUGGAAAAUAGUAGUGUAUUUAACGACCAAAGAACUUACAAUACAAGAACUUUUUUAGAUGAAUUAAUGGAAGAAAUCCCUGGAAAAGACAACUACGUGGGCAAUUUAACUGACGAAGGUUUCGAAAGUGAAGUUCUCAAUGUCGAUGGGACGCGCAAAAAUGCUGCAUUUUAUCACCGAUGGUUCAGUGUGAAACAACGAGACGCAAUGGGAGUGAGCACAUUAAAGCGGGGAUACUCCGACAACUUCAUGUUUGCCGCCAUGACGAGCAAUAAAAAAGUGGCUCCAAUGUCCAUAACAAAAUGUAAGAAACCGUGGGAUAAACGAACAUGUUAUACUUUGACACAGAGAUGGACUUACGCUAUUCCAUUGGAGAUUAUUUAUCUCACGCCUUUGUCAAAGUGGAACCCAUACAAUUUCCAAUACAGAGGUAAGGCCAAUACUGUGGAUGGAAAGAAGGUGAACAUUAAUGGUCGAUACGGUGGGUGUGUCACUGGAAAGGAAUACGAUGGUGUUAACAGCAGGAUCUAUUACCUUACUCCUACCGAAUUCUUCUCUGGACAGACCGUAGGUCAGGACACGGCUGAUACUACGCGAAGGGGUGACGUAUGUGUGUUAGAUCGAAACGGACAACCGAAAAAGGUAAGAGCUUCUGGGACUCGUAUCUUUCUUCCAGAUAUUAAAGAUGUUGGAAUUUUACGACAACGAUACCCCAUUAUGCCUAUUCAUGGAGAAGGUUCGUCCGUUUGGAAGGAGUUUAGUGCCUUGCGAGAUAUUGUCAUGGAUCCUGCAAAAUCGAAUAUGAAAUGGACCUCGGUGAGUGAAGAUUCAGGUGACAUCACUCUAAGAUUGAAAUUUUCCGAAAAAUCUGGUGUCACUCCGCAUCGUCACGAAGUUCGCCUCAGUAAAAACGAAGUCAUACAAUUAAAAGGAGGGUUCGUUUUGGAACGAACGUCCAACACAAGAGAAAGUCAUACACAUACUUUGAAAAUUCGAUACAAAAACGCCAAGUAUGAAUAUUAUAAUUGCGACGGAAAAUACCGAUGUUGGGAUCUCCAUCCCAGAACCCUUGAAGUCGUUGCCUAAAGGGAUAAGAACACCUUUUUUUGUUCUUGAGAGUAAUUUAGAUUGUAUUGUUUAUCUUUACUUUUCAAAAGUUAAAGAGUGUUAUUGAAA